AUGUCUUUCGCUGGAUUGAAAAAACAAAUCAAUAAAGCCAACCAAUAUGUUAGCGAGAAAGUUGGUGGCGCCCAAGGGACCAAGUUAGAUGAUCAAUUCUUGGAAUUAGAAAAGCAAACUGACGCUCUAGCGGCAUCGGUUGAAAAUAUAAAAAGCAGGACUAUUGAAGUUCUACAACCGAAUCCUGCUGCCAGAUUCAAACUACAUACGCAAGGCGCAUAUCAGAAAAUAACUGGUAGUGCGAAAAAUGUUAAAUAUCCACAACCUGAAUUUGUAUUGGGCGAAGUUAUGAUAAAAUCUUCUACUGAACUUGGAGAAGAUCUAAUUCUCAGUCAAACUUUAGUGGACGUUGGUGAAUGUAUGAAACAGAUAGCGGAUGCUAAAGAUGCUUUGGAUGCAAAUAUUAAGCAAAAUUUCCUAGAACCUUUAACUUUGCUGCAAACCAAAGAUUUAAAGGAAGUCAUGCAUCACCGUAAGAAGCUUAGUGGCCGUCGCUUAGACUAUGACUGCAAAAGACGAAAAAAGGAUAGAGGCAGUAACGUAAGCGAUGACGAUUUGAAAAUAGCGGAAGAAAAAUUCUUGGAAUCGAAAGAACUUGCUGAAAGUGGAAUGAUUAAUCUGUUUGAUAAUGAAAGUGAUCAAAUUGGGCAGCUGUUGGAAUUAAUUAAGGGGCUUAUGCAAUAUUAUGCCCAAGGCGCAGAGUUACUGGGUAACUUGACUCACGUUGUACAACAGAAAAUGGAUGAAGCAGUAGCUAAACCGCGUACUGAAAGACCAAUUAUUAAACCAACUUCACUGCCUCCAAGUUAUGAUGAAGUAAAUCCAGAUGAUGAUGAUGAUGAUACCUAUGCAAUGGCAGCAAAUAACGACUAUGCCAUAUACAAUAAUCACUCAAACAAACCUGGAGGUGGUAAGCCAUGUGCAAAGGCAUUAUAUGACUUUUCUCCUGAAAAUGAAGGUGAACUUGGCUUCCAUGAAGGAGAUCUGAUUUACUUAAUCAAUCGCAUCGACGAAAAUUGGAUGGAGGGUACAUGUAAUGGACAAACUGGUUACUUUCCAACAACUUAUGUUGAAGUCGUGGUUGCACUUCCGUAG